AGCUGAAGAGAAGGGAAGACACACAAUAGCUCCUAUCACUGAUUGCAAUAGAAGCUCAACAAACACUGUGUAUGUCCGGAAAUCUGAAUCUGAAGAUGAAUUACCAACCUGAUGUUAAGUUAGAAUAAAGCUGUGGACACACUCAUUGUUAGGGGCUGGGACGUGUGAAUAUGGACCGAGAGGAUAGAGAUGUGAAGGCCGGUCUGAUUGAAGAGACGCAGCGUAAAGAUGCCACAAGGGGAAAAGCGAGUCCUCUACGACUCACGCCAGCAAGAAAAAAAGUUCAACAGCAAAAAUCUACAGAGGAGUGGUCCAAAGUGCUGGAGGAGCCGGUCUCCAUCUCCCCGGAGCUGAGCUCCUGGAUCAAAGCCAACGCCAAUGAGCUAAAGAUCCCGCAGACAGACCGCCGCUGGGCUGCAGAGGUGGUCAACGAUUUCCGAGACAACCUGGUGAAAUUCCUGCGGAGCAGCAGUGAUCAGCCAUUCUUCCAGUCAGCUGACUUCCUCACCACCGGCAGCUACUUUGAGAAAGUGAAGAUCCACAGCCCGGAUGAGUUCGACAUGAUGCUGAAGCUUCAGGCUCCGUCACGCUUCAACAUGAAGGAGCUCGACGAAGGCCUUUUCUACCAGAUCGAUCUUGUCCGGCCGACUCGGGGCCCCAUACAAGUUUUUCUCCUGGAGAAUGGGCUCACCCUCUCAUCCAGCAAGAUCCUGAGUGAGACGUUUCGCCUGGUCCGCAAGUUCCUCAAGAACUACAAAGUGCCAGAUGAAGGCUGUCGCUGGGAGGUGAACAGGAAGAAACCCGGCUCACCGGCUGUGACCUUGUCUCUGUUCAGGAAUGACAUGUACAGCGACGAGUUGAUCUCUCUGGACCUGGUUCCUGCUCUGGAGGUUCACUCCUCUCAGGGCUGGCCUCUCCCAGUCCGUAACGGACCCGAUGUGGAUAACUGGCUGGGAAAGAAGGUUCGCAAAGAGAUCACCAGUUUACCGUGUUACUUCGUACCAAAGAGGAUGAAGGGAAGAAACCUCAGCGGGGAAGCCAAAGAAAGUUGGAGGAUUUCUUUCUCUCACGUUGAGAAGAAAAUCAUCACGAGCCAUGGCAACAAGAAAACCUGCUGUGAGGGCAAAGCCAACAAAUGCUGCCGUAAAAGGUGCUUGAUGCUGCUCAAGUCUCUGAUUGAAGGUCUGAAACAACGUUUCCCCAAAGAGCUGGAUCCCCUCUGCUCGUACCACGGGAAGACCGCCUUCCUUCACAUGCUGUCCAUCAGGUUUGACGACUCAAUGUGGGCUCUCCAGCAGCUCCCCACCUGCUUCCUGCUCCUCCUCGGGGCUCUGGAGGCCCACACUCGUGCAGGAGUCCUCCCUCACUUCUUCGCUCCCAACUACAACCUCUUCUCGGCUACUGUCUUCCCCCACAAAGCGAUGUCUUUCCUCCUCCAUGCUUUGGAGGAGCAGAGGAGGGAAGGCCUGCCCCUGCUGAAGCCUCCCGCUCCCAUCUCACCGCUCUGUAACUUUGUGAAAGGGAUAUCUGAUGAAAGCUUUUCACUUCCUCCCUCACCUGCUGACUCCCCCUCUUCACUGUCCCCUUCUUUGUCUCCUAUUCUAACAUCCUCUUCACCCCUCUCUGCCAAUAAGUUGGUAAGGAGAGAUUGGAGAGAAUCUGAACCUUGUAGCCUCACUACCGGGGUCCCUCAGGUCUCUGCUCUGGGUCCUCUCUGCUUCUCUGAUACAUCCACUGAUAAGCCCUCCAUACUGACUGCAGUCUCCUCUCUGGACACUGCAUUGAUGAAAAAACUAGUCCUAGUGUUUGUGGCAGCAUUUGUGUGUGUCCUAUUAUGUAAAUUAUAGAACAAAUGGGGAUUCACACUGAAUAUAUAAAGCAUCAAAGACACUCCUCCCUCUUUUAAUGCAGUGUAUACAUUGGAAAACAGAUAACUAAGGGAGUUAUUCCUUAUAGAUUUUACAGUUUUUCUCGAUUGCUAACACACAUUUUAAAACUCCUAAUUUCUCCUGCUAAAUGAAGAACUGCACUCAAAACUACAGAAACACUUAAAUGCAAACUUUAGCACAAAUAUAACACACUUCAUUCAUAGUACUAGAUCGUUUGACCACCCAACUACACACUGCUGAGCAUACUCUAAACCACCUCCAUCUGUUAUGGGCUGUGCUCUGUACAUAGAGGUUUCUGCAGAGAAAGAUUGCUUGAGUUUACAGAAAUACAGUAAAUGAAGAAAUACAAAUGAGUUGUUGAAAAAAAUCACAUUUUAUUCAAAAAUAACAUUGUGCAACAUGCAUCUCAGCACAUAGCUACUAUGCUUCGGAUCUCUCUAAGUGGGAUGCACUGUUUGCCAAAACCCAGUUUGUAACUGCUGCUUCCUGCCUCAUUGGAAAUCCUUAGCCUUCCACCUCUUUGUUUCUCAGUCCUUCAGAUAAACAACAAAGAUAUAGUGUUGGUCAGAGUGUGUGUUGCAUAAAAGUAAGUUUACCACAGUACAUUGUGCAGGAUGUUUGUACAGUUAUAGUAUGCAACAUGCCAACAAUUCAAUUACAGUAAUGAAGUAAAUACGUUUCACACAACAGAUAUAAGCACUGAUAUAUCGUGAACUAUGCAGAGCUAAAACUAACUAACCUGUUUUCAAGUCUAAGGCCCAAUCCCAAACCACUCCCUCGACCCUACCCCUCCGUGACGGAGUGAACUCCGUCUGUAGCCACACUCGCAGCUCAACGAG